AUGGGGGAUUUGAAUUUGGGGGAUAAGAGUGCGGGGAAGAGGAAGGUUGAUGAAAUCGGGGAUGAUCUUGAGGUGGGGGAUCGUGAAAGGUUUGAUUUUGAUGGCGGGGGUAGUGGGAAGAAGAGGUGUAGGGGGGUUGGUGAAGGGGAAAUAAUGGGUGGUUGCGGAAGAUUGAAUCUUGGCUCGGGGGGGUCGGGGAUUGGGAGGAAUGAGGCUGAUGGAGUGGAGAUGGGUGUUGGUGGGAAGAGGGGAUUUAGGAUGGUUGGUGAAGGGGAGACUGUGGGUGGUUGGGGGAUAUCAAAUCUUGAAUUAGGGGGUCCAGGGGUGGGGAGGAAUGUGGCUGAUGGAGGGGUGGUGGAUGGUGGUGUGAUCGGAGGGGGGGAAAUUGGGGAGAGUUCUUGGGGGGUGGAAGAAAAAGAGGAAAUGAGUUUGGAUCUUAAUGUUCCGGGUUUUGGUGACGCGGGAUUUGUAGGGUGUUCGUCUGGUGUUGGAUUGGGAUGCGUGGUUGAUGACGAAUGUGUGGAAGUUGUCAAUAUUUCAUCGGAUGAAAGUGGAGAUGAAGGAAAGGAAUUAGAUGUGAUGAAUGAUUAUAAAGGAAAGGGGAAGGUAAUUGAGGAAGGAGGCGGUUCUGGAAGUAAUCUAGGUAUAGACCUUUAUCUUGGUUUAGAUGAAAUUGAGAAAUUAGGGGAAGAUGUUAGUGGAAGUAUGGGUGGUGGUAGGAGAUACAGCAGAGAGGAAAAGGGGAAGGCCAAAGUUGUAGAAUCAUGGAUGUCACUUGGUGGGGAUUCAAUGGGAUUGGAUUUGAAUAGUGAAUUGCAAAAUGAGUCGCAGCCAACAAUUUUCGACCUUGAUUUGAUGCUUCCUGACGUAUAUCUGCAGAAUGAAGUUAUAGAUUUUUUGUUUCUUAAUAGUAGGCAGGAUCUUCAAUUUGAUCAAAGAAGGGAACAGGAAGCCAUAGAAUUUGAAUUGAGAAGGCAACAGGAAGCCUUCGAAUUUGAAUUGAGAAGGCAACAGGAAGCCCGAGAACUGUGGCUCCGGGAACAACAGGAGGCGUGGGCUGAGCAUUUUAGACAAAGGGACCUUGAAGAUUUAAUGCGUGCUGGACGUGAAUUUGCACGUCCUUUAGGAGAGAAAUGGAUAUCAGGGACUGAGCAGAAUCUUCAAUAUACUGCAUUAAACAAACAACUGAUAAGUUGGAAACCUUCUGAAGACCGCGAUAAAAAAAAUUCUAAGCGUUUUGUUCCUUCAUUGCUCGAUCUUUCCAUGAAAAUCCUUGCUGAUAAUGCUGAUGCCAUUGUUUCACUUGAAGGAGUCCCGGAUUCUUUAAAGCGAAGACUUAGUGACAGAAUCUGUGAUAUGAAGAAAAUGAAUGCUAAGAUUUUGGAUCUCUUUGUAAGAGGUUCUCCAGAAGAGAUACGUGUAAAAGACGCUUCUUUGAUUACAGACAGACAGUUCAAAACGUCAUUCGGCAAUUUUGCACCAAAAAAUUUGAGGGUCUUUCAGUUUGACCUUUGCGGGCAGUGUGUUCUUGAUGACACAAUAGCUGAUACCUUGGUCCAGUCUUUAAGUAGCUUGCCUACUUUAGGUAUCAUAUCUCUGAGGGGAGCAUGCCGUUUGUCAGAUGAUGCCUUGAAAAACCUUGUCGAGUUGGCACCGUUUUUAUGUUCUAUAAAUUUGGGAGAGAAUGCCCUCAUCACCCAUGUUGGAAUCCAUCAUCUAGCAAAUGCAUUAGGAACCAGUUUGAGAGAGCUCUUUAUAGAUAAUUGCAGCUUAAUUGAUGGUAGUUAUAUAUCAUCAGCACUAAAGAAGUUUGAACAUUUAGAAGUUUUGUCAAUAGCAGGAAUUUCUAAUAUAUGUGAUAAAGUUGUUAGCGACAUUAUCACUGCGCGUGGAAGAAAUAUCAAGGAUCUUAAUCUUGCUGAUUGCGUGAAUUUGACUGACUAUUCUUUGAAUAUCAUUGGUCAAAAUUGUUCCGGGUUGCGCUCCCUCAACAUAGAAAACUUGGACAAAUUGACUAAUAUGGGAUUAUCUAAUCUUGCCAAUGGCUGUAAAUCAAUCCGAACCCUCAAACUUUGUCGCAAUAAAUUCAGCGACGAAGCUAUUGCUGCAUUCAUUGACACAGCUGGAAGGUCUCUAGAGCAGCUCUCACUGAAUCGUGUUAGUCAGGUUGGCUCCUUCACUGCUUUGUCACUUGCCAAAAUCUCAAGGAAGUUGAUGAGUUUGGAUCUGUCAUGGUGUCGGAAAGUGACAGACGAGGCACUGGGAUUGCUUGUGGACAGCUGCUGGUCACUGAAGCUGCUCAAACUAUUUGGAUGUACACAGAUUACUAAUGUAUUCCUGGAUGGCCACUCAAAUUCGCUGGUGAGAAUUAUUGGGCUGUACACCAAUCCCCUGUUGGAAGAUGUAGGGAUGCUUGAUGCUGAAGAAGUUUAUUUGCGGUAUUCACCUCUACCAGUUCCCGUAAGUGAAAACUUGGAUCACCAAGAUGUUUGAUGUGUCUUCAUGAUGGGGAACUUUUCAUCUACAGUUAACAACCUUAUCCGGAGCAGCCUCAUUGGUAGGUUGCAGAUAGAUAAACGAUAGCACACAACUGUACUUAUUUUCUUACUACCUUUUUUCUUACCCAUCUAAAUUUAGUAUA